CGCCACCGGAUAUGACGAAUGCGGAAGUCUAGCUGUGGAGGUUGAGUUAUGUCGAUGAUUAAAAUAAUGGAGAAUAAUUGUAAAUAUCUCGGAAACCAAACAGACAAUCGAUAUCGGAUGAAAACAGCGUUACUCUGAGCUUUCUGUCUGUCUCUGUUUAAGCUCAUCGAAUGUGGAGAGUGAAUUUAGCUGACUCUACGUGGCUGAUAUGGCAUCAUCCAUCCAGAUAUGGAUCAGCCUCUAUCCAGUACUGUUCCUCACUACAUUCCCCCUGUGUGGUCGUUCCUCAUCCUUUCCCUCCUCUUCCUGCGGACCAGGCCGAUCCUGGGCUGUCCGGCUGAACUCAGGCUCUGUAAAAGGAGAGCCAUUUGAUAGACUGGCUCAGACUGUAGCCGAGGACGUCGGCCUGGAGAAUCAUGGGCAAAUCGGGCAGCUGGAAGGACAUUACCUGCUGUGCCAGGGGCCAGGAGACACAGACUCACAUUCGACCGAGGAAGCUCUGGAUAAAAACGCUCAUGUGGUUUGGCACUCGCAGGAACACAUCCUGAGACGAUCUAAGAGAAGUGUGACAUUCAACGAUCCCAAUUAUCCAAGCCAGUGGCACUUGCACAAUAAUGUGAAACAUGGCAUGGACAUCAACGUGACGGGUGUCUGGGAACGCAAUAUCACAGGGGUUGGGGUCACAGUGGUCGUAGUGGAUGAUGGAGUCCAGCACAACUUGGUCGAUAUUCAGCCCAAUUAUAGUCCUGAGGGUAGUUAUGAUUUGAACUCGAACGACCCGGACCCCAUGCCCCACCCUGAUGGCCACAGUGACAACCAUCAUGGCACACGAUGUGCAGGAGAGAUCGCUGCCGUGUCCAAUAACAGCUUCUGUGCUGUCGGGGUGGCAUAUGGCGGCAAAGUGGCAGGCAUUAGAGUUUUGGAUGGACCACUCACGGACAGCAUGGAGGCUGUGGCUUUUAAUAAGCAUUACCAAAUAAAUGAUGUCUACAGCUGCAGUUGGGGACCAGAUGAUGAUGGGCGUACAGUUGAUGGACCUCAUCCCUUGGGCAAGGCGGCACUGCAGCAUGGAGUUAUAGCCGGCAGGAAAGGUUUUGGCAGCAUCUUUGUCGUUGCCAGUGGAAAUGGAGGACAGUAUGAUGACAACUGCAACUAUGAUGGCUAUGCUAAUUCCAUCUACACAGUCACUAUAGGGGCAGUGGAUGAAAACGGUAGGAAGCCUUUUUAUGCCGAAGAGUGUGCGUCCAUGCUGGCUGUCACCUUCAGCAGUGGAAGCAGACAGCUACGCAGCAUAGUGACUUCAGACUGGUCACUACAAGGUGCCACAGGUUGCACAGAUGGACACACAGGCACCUCGGCAGCUGCACCGUUGGCUGCAGGUAUGGUGGCUUUAAUGCUGCAGGUGCGACCGUGUCUAAGCUGGCGUGAUGUUCAGCACAUCAUUACUUAUACAGCAGUACAGCACGACACACAGGCUGAUUGGACAACUAAUGGAGCUGGUUUUCACCACAGUCACAAGUUUGGCUUUGGGCUUCUCAAUGCAUGGAGAUUGGUCAACGCGGCCAAGGUUUGGGAGUUUGUGCCAUUUUUGGUGUCCUACCAGAGCCCAGUUUUAAAGACGAAUGACGUCAUUCCACUCUAUAACAAAACUCUUACUGUCACUUGGAAUGUCACUGCUCUUGACCUGCAGCAGUCGGGCAUGCAAACAUUGGAGCAUGUGUCUGUUACCGUAACCAUCAGCCAUCCUCGCCGUGGCCAUGUUGAGAUGGUGUUAAUAUGCCCAAGUGGAAUGACCUCACUGAUCGGAGCCAGGAGAGCAAUGGAUGCCGAUACUACUGGAUUCACGGACUGGACGCUUUCCACUGUGCGAUGCUGGGGAGAAAAAGCAGAGGGACAAUACAGUCUAAAUAUCACAGACUACAGAGAAAAUACUUUGUCAUUGGGCACUCUGAAUUCCUGGAAACUUACUCUGUAUGGUUCAUCUAUGUCUCAUCAGCAGGUGAAAGAGAGAAAGAGAAUUGUGGAGGAAGCUAUGGGCGGGCAGUAUCUGAACAGUAGCUUUAAUCUUCCCUGCCCACCUGGCAUAGAUGUACCACCUGAGAUUGUGAGUCCAUUCACCUCAAACAGUCUAAAGUCUCUCCUGCUUCUGGGCUGUUUCGCUCUCUUCUGGUCGCUGUAUUACACUCUUGAAGUGACUCUCACUCAUGUGGACUGGCGUAGAUGUCGAACAGCUGUGAGGAGUAGAAACAGAGGACUACAGGCUGGAUCUUCAGUCCUAGAUAACAGUGAAGUGGUGGAGAUUCAGCCGGAGUUUGACAUGGAGUCCAAAGUUCCCCUGAUAGCAGGAGAUGAGAAUACAUAGCACUCAGGGACAGCUGAAGAUCGGUUCAUCACGCUCUGUAUUUAAGAUUUAUUUUUGCACUUUUCUUUGGUUCGGGAAUGUGAGCGAUGCUCUGUAUUGGGUUGCCUUAUUUUUUUUGUUUGUUUUUCAUCAUUUGUUAAUGUUUUCACACAAUAUAUGUGAUAUGUGUGCCUGAUAAAGUGAGUGGGUUCUUUACAGUAUUUAAAAGAAUUGGUGCAAAUGAACUUUGACGAUAGGAUGUUUUGCACAUAAUGCGUGUGUGUGUGUGUGCGUGCGUGUGUGACCGAGAGAGAAUCUAUUGUAUGAAAAUGAGUGAGUGCUUUAUGAGAAACUGAAAUGAUGUAUUAAGAGUUGAAUAUACUUUUAUAAUAGUUUUUGUUUCUUGAUUGUGAUACAUUGACUGUGUCACGUUUGGGUAUGUUUUGGCUAUAAAUACCUCAGACACUUGAAUUUUGAAAGAGAUUGUUUAAAACUGAACUCUGUUCUACUUACAGAUAUUUUACUGGUACUAGCCUGUUUUUAUUGAGGUGUGGUGUUCUGAUCAAUCUGAAUUUGAUCAAAAAAGAAUUUAUUGAAUGUGGUUUUCAAUAAAAAAAUAUAUGAAAUGCUU